UGAGUUAUUGUGCGUUACGUAUUUUGUUUUUAAUGUUCUAGUAAAAAUAAGCCUAUUAAAUCGAUUAUUUGCAUUAAAUUGGUCUAUAAUGAGUACCAUGGACGAGAUAGAAGAAGAAGCGAAGGCGGCUGCGGAGAAAAUGGUGAUGAACAUGAUGCAAAGACCUGGGCAACUUGAAAAAGUUGAACAUUAUAAAAAGAGAAUAACACACAAGAAGGCUUCAAUUGAAGCUCAGCUGAAAUCUGCAGUACAAGGCAAACUUGACGGAGUCAGUGUUGGUUUGAAGCAGCUACAAGAAUGCCUCGAUGAUGUACAGCAAAUUAGUUUGAAAAUGGAUGAUCUAGAAGAUCUUCUUAAAGGAGUCCCUCCACUACUGGCUUCACUCCAAGCUGUACGUGAAGAGGAUUUGCGCCACUCCCAAUAUGUCACGGCUAUGGACAGUCUGAAGCAUAUCUUCACUGUGCCUGAAAGUGUGGCUAAAACUAAGCAAUGGAUUGGAGAAGGCAAACUUUUGCAUGCUCAUCAG